AUGGACGACAAUGGUUUUCUCUAUAUCGUUGAUGCAGGAGAACAUGAAGUGAGACGAUAUAAAAUUGGUGAUACUAAAGGAACAGUAGUUGCGGGUGGCAAUGGACAAGGAAAUCGCCUCGAUCAACUCGACUAUCCCCGCUACGUAUUUGUUGAUCGAGAUCAUUCAGUAUACGUGUCUGAAUAUGAAAAUCAUCGUGUCAUGAAAUUGGAAGAAGGUGCAAAACAAGACAUUGUCGUAGCCGGUGGUCAAGGACAAAGUCUUACACAAUUGAAUAAACCUGAAGGAGUCGUUGUCGAUCGAUUGGGUACUGUCUAUGUGACUGAUUAUGGGAAUCAUCGAAUCAUGCGUUGGCCAAAAGGAGCCACACAAGGAAGUGUCAUUAUUGGUGGAAACGGUUAUGGAGCACAGUCAGAUCAACUCAAUGGUCCCGUAGGUUUAUCAUUCGAUCGACAUGGUAAUCUCUAUGUAACCGAAUUUGGAAAUGAUCGAGUACAAAAAUUUAAUAUCGAAUAA